UAGGAUAACGUGGCUAAAACAAAAUUCGGAAUGCUAGUUUCUUAAUACCAAGAACUUUUAUUAGUUGCUACACUAAAGUAUUUAUUAUCUUACUUUCAGCCAUAGAAGUUCUAAUAAAGUUGGCGAGGCAAAACUGACUACUGCGCCGUUUCUGGUUAUGACAUCGCUAGACAAGCGUUUGUUUUGGGGUUUCCACACCCGACCCAAAAACCCAUUUGCAUAAGGGGCAGCCCGAGGAAUGCGUGUCUGUCGAUGAUGUUCAAUGGGCACCCACAUGGGUGCCACGUCUUGGGGGCUUGGGCGCUUCAGCACCGCCCAAUGUCCGUGGAAAUUCCGUACUCUUUCCGGGUCUCCACCCGCUGUCGGAUGCGUGCGUUGCCUGGCUGCGGGGGUCACGAGACCAGCCAUCGAUCCAACAGAAGGAAAAUUUGCAUUCGCCAGGCUUGGGAGAUAGGAAAGAAGCGGGUUGUGGAAUGAAACGAGUGUGGUGCAGAUGCGUGCCUGGAAGACACAAUAAUUAAAAAGCGAUUUGUCUAGAACCAGGCGGACUUAGGGAGCCACUGAGUAGGAGGGGGCUUGGCGUGGUUCCGCCUCCGGCGGACAGGCCCCACCGAAAAUGAGCACCACCCCGAAGUGGUACUGCCGCAACAAAUCCCAGCCGAUGCACACGUUCGCGGAAAUCGGCAAAUUGGGCCUGGAGCUGCGUCGGAUUACCAAGCGCAUUGUGAUCGAUGUCAACUCGGCGAUUUUCAGUGAACAUGACACCAUUUUGGAGGAGUGCGAGCGGGUGGUGGAGCAGUACUGGAACCUCAAGGACGAGACCAAAAAUGCUGACUUCCAAUCGCUCGCCAAGAAGAUCAAGCGAAGUCCCUACAAUCAGCUGCUAAUGAAGAAGUUCCACUUGAUAAUGGAUCUCAAUGACAGACGCUUUUGCCAGCUCACCUUUGUGCUGAAGCGAACGUUGAGCUUCCUGCUCCGCAAGUCGAUGCAAUCGGAGAUGUGGCUGAAUUGGGCUUUGCACAUCACCCAGUUGUACAACAAGUGCCGCAAAGUGGAGAAGCCACUGGUUCCGCUCGAAGUGGAUAAGCCACCGGGCGACGACGACCUAGAGGAGGAGCCCAAGCUGAGUGGCAAGAGGAAGGAGGAGAUGCCCGCCAAUGUGUGCAGCAAUAUGUAUCCUGCUCUGCUCUUGGCGCUCAAAUCCAUUGACUUUGGCUACGUUUUGCAGUUGGUGGCGCAGACGCGGGUGGAGCAGAAUGCCCUGGACUUGGUUUUUGGACUCUUCAACAUGGGCGAGCAGGAUGCCUGGCGGGAGCAGCAGAAUCUGGAGUCCACCUCCUCCAGCCUGGAGAUUCUGCGCACCCUAAACAUAUCCUUUGCCGCCGGCGAUUACCAGCCGUAUUGCGACUCCGCCCAGGAUUACAAGUCCAUGCAGAUGCAGAUGGCUGUGGAGAGUCUGCAGGAUCAAGAUCGCCAGAGCCUGCGUUGUAAGCACACGGAGAGUUUUCUGCAGAAGGAGCGGGUGUUUAUUGCCCAACUGAUAGCCAAGGCCACGGAAAUUAGUCCAACCAUUUUCGAUAAUGGCAAAAAAGGACCUGUGGAUAUGAACGCGUACAUUGUGAAGGGCUUGCGACUGCUCUGGUCGUAUGUGGGCAUCAUCUUGGAUCACAUACUGCUCUGGUGGAUUGAUAAUCCCGUGUCCUGCUAUCGCCUAACUCAUAUUGAUUCCAUACGCAGCUGGCUCUAUCAUCAGAGUGUUAAUGAUAUUCCAGAGCCUGUUUUUUCAACACUUCGUGGAAUUGGUGAAAUCCUUACAGGAUUCGUUUGCAACAACAUUUGGGAUCAACUCUUCCGUCUCACCCUAAUAUCUUCCAAUAAUACCAAUCGCUUGGUGGACGUGGUAGCUGAGCAAUAUCGCGAUUGCCCAAAGAAUGAAUUUGGCACCCCCACCGGCACCGUGUGGAUCAGUAUAUUCGCCAACCUCGUUAAUCUGAGCAACCAAUAUUUCUCCAAUCUGGAGGCGCACAACAACUCCAGCCUGCUGCCGGUUGCUGAACAGAUACCCAUACUCCAUCGGCUGGGUAAGAUUAGCAUAGGUUCGAUACCACAGAUCGACUUGCAAUAUGUCCAUCCAAUUGCAGACCAUUCGGUGCAUUCAAUGCGCCUCUGGGUCACCGAGCAGGCGAAGCUCCUUUGCUGCGAGUGGAAAAUGGACCGCUUCUUCCAGAUCCUGGAGCACGAUGUCAAGCUGUGCCUGAAUGUCUUCAUUACCUUCCAACUGCCCAAACUCACUGCCGACCUGAGCGACAUACUGAUGCUGGUUUGCGUUGCCCUGCGCACCAAGCUCAUCGCCGAGGUCAACGCCAAUAUAGACAAGCUAAAGAAAACCACCGACGAGUGUGUUCAGAUACUGUCCGCAGUUUGCCGAGUGCUCAGCCUGGCCAACUUUACGCUGUGUUUUCCAGCCGCCAGUUUCUGGCAACGCGAGGUGUACAACAACGAUGAGAAGAGCCUCUAUGUGGGCUAUGUGCUGGACGAGAUCUAUCUGCCCACCAUACGUGCCACCAAGGACAUUGUCAUACUCAAGCUGAUCCUGAAGCUCAUUUGUGAGGCCUGGCUGGACUUUAUCUACCAGAAACGCAUUCGCUUCAGUGUGAACGGAGCGGUUCGUUUGCUGAACGAUUUCGACGAUGUGCGUGAGUGGAUCCUGGCCUGCAGUUUGUUGGAUGAGGAGCAGCUGGACAAGCUGAGCAACCACGAGGUGCUGCGCAUGUGCAAGGGUGUGGGCAAGAUUCUGCUCCGAAAGCCCGAGGAUGUGAUCUCCAUCACCCAGUCGCCCAAGUACGACAAGAAGGCGCAGGAUGCCUCUGCCCAGGACACGCAGCUGCCUUCGGAGAUGUUCGUGUCCAAUCAGAAGCACUGGCUCCAACUGAGGGCCAGUGGAGGCAAUGGGUUUCCGUUCCUGAAACUGUGCUGCGGCGAUGUUGCAAUGUAG